AUGCCCGUUCCAGUAAAGUUCGAGUGGUCAGAGACCUCUGAUACGGUGGCUUUUGCUCUCUGCGUUCCUGCGCUCUCGAGCCAUCAAAAGCCUGAGAUCCGUACAAUCAUUUCACCGCUCUACAUACGGAUUAGUGUGCCGCCGUACUUUUUCGAAGUUGAUUUGUUUGACGAAAUCGAAGACGACACUGUAGAAUCUUCGUUGUCUGGUGCCCAGCUCGUUCUACAGCUCAGGAAGAAGACAAGUCGAUUCUGGAAAGCAUUUUGUGCCAACGAUAAUCCCGAAGUUAGCAAAGAGAGUUUGCACGAAAGAAGAGCAGCCUCAAUCAAGGCGUACGAAAGGAAACUGCAAGAACGACGACAAAAGCUGAAAGAGCGAAGGCACGACAAACGGGAAACUGCGCGGGAAGAGCAAUGGCGUUGCGACAGUGGAGCCCGUCAAUGGCUUGAAACAGAAGCAGAACGUGGGAAAACACGGGCACUCCAGGAACUAUACAGUGUAACAGAUAAUCCCAAAGAGGCGCCCCGCCUUUGCACGGAACCAAGCACCUGCACUCACCCUCCCUCCACUGCAAUUUCGUUUCUCAAUGCACGAAGCGUCAAGGAAGCGGGGAUCCCUGCCCGAACACUUGAAGUCGAAGAUGUCGCUCAUCACAUUCACGAACCUCGGAGGGGAGUUGAGGCUGUCCAGGACAGGGAGCGUUACUCUUCUGGCUUCAAAGAGGACGAGUUCUCGGACGCUGAAGGUCGUACAGAAACGGCACUCGACGACCGUGACAUACCAAGCACCCACAGUGGUGGAGAUUGUACCACGUCGGACGAACCUUGCCUAGAUGAUUCUGUACGAGAGAAAAAAAGAAUUACUUUGAGUUUCACGGCGCGAAGGAGACAUCGUCUUCCUGCAAGGGGUGACAAAUUGCCACCCGUCCCGAAAGAUUUGAAGCACUGCUCUACGAUGAAUGCUCAAAUGGAUAGUCGCUCCCUCCGCGAGGGAAAUUCCGAGUGGCUGAAACGGAAGGGGGACAAACUGCUGAAAAACGGAGAUCUCCAAAAAAAAAGGGGCACACUCUCUGUGUCAAGCAGCAAUUUAUUGUGGAGUGCGCUGUAUCUCUGCAACAUAAGCCUGAAGAUUCAUAUUAUGUUUGCCGUGCUCCGGGGCACAGCCCUCUCUGAGCUACCGGCGGAAUCAAUGCUCGAGGAAGCUCUGAAAGACAUGUCGGGGCUUCAGUGGGACCAAGUAAAGAGCCUUCAGACCGAUCUCAAUCAUUUCAAACAGUAA